UUGUUGUUAGGUUUAAAACUUUGGAAUUCAUAAUUUUCGAAAAGGAAAUUAUUUGAUUAGAUUUUGGCAGGGUUUGAAAUGAGCAACAAGAAAUCAAAAUUGGUGCAAUCACUGGAGGAGUCGACGCCGCCCAUCGAUGAAGAGGACGUCAUCCGCUUGAUUGCUGACCAAAUUCGCCAGCCUACGAGCGAUCCAGUAGAUAUUAAUUUAAGCAACAAGGAGAAUCUAAGCAUUCUGCAUCUCGAGGAUGCCUUUAAAUUCCAAAAUUCGAUGCGGAGCUUUCACGUGUCGCCCACUGCAGAAUCUUUAAACGAAGUCAUGCCCGUGAAAGACGAGGAUCUGGGCGAGAUGCUGGAUGCCCUGACCGAGGUGAUCCUUGGUGAGGAUGACGAUGAGGACGAUGGCGAUGAUGAUGAAUAUGAAGAAGAAGAGGAAGACGGUGACGACGAAGAGAAUGAAUUCGAUGAAAAGGACGCGGAUGAUGUCGACGAAAAUGCUCCAAAAACGAACUUAAAUUCAGGCUGGAUAUUUUAAAAAACUGAUUUUCAGAUGCAAAAAAAUAAUUAAAUUUUCCGUUUAAUAUUAUUCACAGUAUAUUACUGGUUAUAUCUGCAAU